UAAAAUAAAUUUAUACUGUGACACCAUCAUGCGCCAGUAAAUUAAAUGCGGCUAUUUUGCAUAUUUUAGUAAUUGAAAUGUUUAGUUUUACAAAUUUCUCUGAUCUCAAAGUGAAAAAUUCGAAUCUCUUUUUCUUCUGAUGAGUUGAGCUUCAGAGUUUGCAUGUGGCGCUGGGUAGAAGAUGAUUUGAUGAAUUUCGCAGAGUUGGCGCAAACCCAUACAUGGGUUUCGAAUAAAGAAGAAUAAUCACUUCAGGUUCAUUCUAAAUGGGGUGGCUUGUCAUUAUUAGUUCUCUUAUUGCACUGUGGUUAGCUUCUUUGUUCAGAAUAAUCCAUGGCUCACGCUCAUCUUCCAAUGAUGUUUUUUCCCCUAAUGGUGGUGCUCAUAAUAAGAGAAAUGUCUUGCUGGUUGUUGCCCACCCGGAUGACGAGUCUAUGUUCUUUUCUCCAACAAUAAGCUACCUGACUUCCAGAAAGUACAAUCUUCGCAUAUUGUGCCUCUCGAUUGGUGAUGCUGAUGGAAAGGGAAAUGUAAGAAAAGAAGAGCUCUACCGUGCCUGUGCAGUCCUUAAGGUUCCACUUGAACAUGUGAAGUUUCUAGACCAUCCAGAUCUUCAGGAUGGUUUCGGCAAAACAUGGAAUCAUAGUCUUUUGGCUAAGAUUAUCGGAGAAGAAGUUAACGAUCAUGAUAUUGACUUCAUUAUUACUUUCGAUAACUAUGGUGUUUCUGGUCAUUGUAAUCAUCGCGAUGUUCAUGAUGGGGUAAGAAGGCUCUUGUAUGAUGGUUCACAAAAGGACAUUGAAGCAUGGGAACUUGUGAGCACCAACAUAGUACGCAAGUAUAGUGGACCGCUCGAUGUAUGGUUCUCCCACUUCUAUGCCAUACUCUCGGGUGGAGGGACGCUGUGCUUGUUAAACGAACAUACUCAAAAGAGUUUCCUCGCAAUGGCACAACAUUCAAGCCAAUGGGUCUGGUUUCGCAAGCUCUUCGUCGCAUUUUCUAGCUAUACGUACGUGAAUACACUUAGAAAGAUCGGCUAAUGAAAGCUCGAAUGAGGGAGGGACUUAUUUUGACACAUUUCUUAGGGUUCUAUGACAUUAUGGGUGAAGUUUAAAAUAAAAUUUUUGUACUAAUAAGCUUAGGUGAAGUUUUGUGAUUAUCUUUUCUUUACUAUUAAGAUUUUUAGGUAGAUUAUUUUUUUUGUUAUAUGACUUUGUAUAUUGUAGUACUAGACAACUUUGAGAAAAUUUUAGAUGGUUUAAAUUGUAAUUUACAAGUUUUGUUAUCUUGUAAUGGUUACACUACUUAUUAACUCUCUUGAUUCAUGACUGUUUAGUUUGAUUUUCUUAUUA